AAACCUCGUAACCCCAUCGCGCGCCAUGACGUCAUCGGUGAGUGUUGGCGUCUGCUGGUGUUAGGAGCGGUGUAAGGAGCCGUGAGCCGUGGGAAUUCUGUCAGUCCGUAUUCUGCUUUUCUGUGACUUGGAACAAGCCCGGGGGACUGACGGACAGUGUGAGCGACCCAACACGGACUGGAACCGCCCUUAGGUCAGGGCAACGCUUUGACGAUAAGGAGGUACUUAAAGUGUUGAGAGACAGUACACAAGAGUAUGGCCGAGCAUCAUGGUUUGAUGGAGUUACCGGGCAACCCUCAUGGUACAAAUAAAUUCCCACGCACUCCUCGAGGUCCACGGUGUCUCAAGUGUAUCGAUGGGUGUCCAGGACUGGAGGUACAUUAUUGGAGAAAGGUGUGUAAGAACUGCCGGUGUCCACAGGACGACCAUGAUGUUCCCAUGGACAGGGAGCAGGACUUUCGACCAAUCAGCCUGCUAUUUGACACUGUCUUCUCACCAGAUGCUAAAUCUGAUUGGAUGGAUAGAUUUGAAAAGCUGAAUCUGCAGGACCCAAAGGUUCUGGCCCAGUUGUGUUCCCCCCAGAAUGAUGUUGUGAUAUCCAAGCUCAUCAGUGAAAACCUGAGAUCUCAAAAAUACAUCUCUAUGCUACCACAAGACAAACAGGAAUUUGCGUCACAACUCCGCAGAAAACAACUUCAGCGACAGUUGCCCUUGCAUGACCUUGACCCAAGGUUUUGUAAUAGUCUCACAGAAAAGGAAAUGCACAAAUAUGAAAAGUUUUCCGACAAACGGAAAAAGAAGGCAGCUGGAAUUGCACAGAUUAGCGAGGCACCAUCUGGAACUGCAGGAUGUUUGCGCUGUCAUUCAUGUAAGCUGUCAAUGGAGUCCAAAACGGUGGCGGUUUGGGCGGGGCGCCUUCCUGGGGAAUGCUGGCACCCACAGUGCUUCAACUGUACGACGUGCAAGGAACUGCUAGUGGACAACAUCUACUUUUACAAGAGUGGCGAGGUCUACUGCGGUCGCCACUACGCAGACCUUAUGUAUCCCCGAUGUGAUGCUUGUGAUGAGUUGAUAUUUGCACGUGAAUAUACGCAAGCCGAGAAUCGGUCAUGGCACGUCCAUCACUUCUGCUGCUGGUACUGUGACUCACCACUCGCUGGGCAGCGCUACAUCGCCAAGAACAACAACCCAUACUGCAUACUGUGCUUCGACAGGAUCUUCAGCAAGGUGUGUAAUACUUGUCAGCGUCCCAUCACCGCCGACUCCCCCGGCAUGAACCACGGCGACCUCCACUGGCACGCCUGCCCUCACUGCUUCAGCUGUAGUCUGUGUGGCCGCAGCCUCAUGAACAACCAGUUCCUCCUCCGCGAGGGCAAGCUCUACUGCAGCGCCGAGUGCAGGCAGAGGCAUAUCAUGUACCCCAACGCCUCCUAUGCCAAACAUCUGGCGUCGUCAUGAACAUGUCCUUAAAACUGAUCGGCCAUCACUGAUUGGACCAUAUACUGCUUCCUUGUCUGUCAUUGGAUGAUUUGAAGGUUGAUUGUGGUGACCAGUGAAAAUGUUUGACAUAUAUUUAUGAGUUAGUGUCAGUAUAGGAUUGGAUAGUUUAAAGGAACGGUGUGUGGAGAUUGUAUUUGGAUGUUCAAAUGUGUCUAGGAACACAAAGGGAUCCGGAGCCAUUAGGAUGCAGUCUGUGAACAUCUUCGGGCUUGUACUGAUAUGUGGAGGCAUUCUUGUGCUCAUCAUCAGCUCACUGCUUGUAGGAUUCAUUCAGUUAACAUCAUCAAGAUUUCUGCCAUCAAGAAUCAUCUCAAUGGAUGUGAACAUUAUCAACAGCAUGCUAUCAAGAAUCCAGGUGUUGUUAAACAUCACCAACAUCGCUGCUAUGAAGAUUCAUCAUGAUCCUGAUAUUGUCAUUGAGCAUAAUCAAGAGAUACAUAGAGAAGCAUGUCCGACCUAGAUCAUCUCCUUACCAGUGAGAUAUAUGGAGGAGCAGGUUUGGUCAGUAGACAUUGUAAAACUCACUGCUUUAAAGAUAUACUCAUGGAAACGAAUCAGGGAACACCUGAAAGUACAAGUGUUCCUUUUUCCUUUUCCAGGUUUCUUCACAAGCUGUUGCACUGUGAGUGAAAUUCGGGAAAAGAAUAAAGGAACACUUGUACUUUCAGGUGUUCCCUUAUUUGUUUCCAUGAGUAUAUGUUGUCAAUGGUCCUCAUGUCUCAAUUUCACUGACCUCUAUGUUGUGAGAAAUACAAGAAAUAUUUUAUUAAUAUAUUAUGCCAUUUCUAGUUUGUUAGUAUUCAUGAUAAUCAUUGACGCUAUUACACAGUUGGUACAACAGAUUAAUCAGUACUGCAAAGGACAGGUUUUGAAAAUCACUUUCAUGAGGGGAUUCAAAAUCUGUAUGUGCCAUGUGAAGCAAUGACUUUGUCAAUACAAAAGGUAUAACCAGCCAACUCUUACAUCAGAGCAGGAGAAAUAUUGAUUUUCCUGCAAUUAUUCUUUCUUUAACAUUGUCAUUGUUUUACCAGCAAAGCAUUAAUCACAUUGUGCCUUCCUCAGCUUGUACGGAUGGACAAUCGUAUAUAUUGAUGUUGCCUUCCUCGUCAGCAUUUCCCCUGUCUCUAGGCCUAAUGGCCUCAGUCCUGAUGUGUCAAGCACAAACUGUCCAUGUACAUACAUGUCCUGCUGUGUCAAGCACAAACUGUCCAUGUACAUACAUGUCCUGCUGUGUUCUCCUUGUUAGUUAGUCUGUCUGCUAUUGCCUGGAGAUGUACAACAUGUUUUCAUUGCAACUGUGAAAUUUUUCAUGGAACAUGAGGUAUAUGUGGCAUUCUUAAAGUAUUUCAUAUGAUCUGCAUUAUCAUUAUUGCCAACCUAUGAGGGAAUCAAUGAUUGCCAACCCAUGAAAUCAAUGAUUGCCAACCUGUGGGGAUCUCUGUGAUUGCCAGCCUUUGAGUUCCUCCUUGA